AUGCCGCGAUUCGCCAGUGUCCUCUGUCUGUCUCUAGUCUUGUGUGCCGCCGUUUCCCAUUCUUUCGGGCUCGUCCUUUCGGCAAAGGAUAAACGGGGGUGGACAUUAAACAGUGCAGGAUACCUACUAGGACCACAUGCUGUGGACAAUCACCGAUCCUUAAGUGACAAGAAUGGCCUGGCUGGCAAACGUGAACUGCAGCUUGAAGAUGAAAUUAAGCGUGGUAACUUGCUACAAAACCUUGCUGAUGAAAGUGCUGCUCGCAUAGCCAUUGAAUUUCUUGUAUACUUGCAUCUAAAAGAGAUUGGGGCCCUUGACAAUCUGCCAUCACUGUUAUCAUCUGAAGUUCCCCAACCGUAG